AUGUCAGCUGUGACCAGCCAGCCUCUUCCUCUUGGUGGACUGGAACGAGAAAAGCACAUCCAGAUGAUCUUCAGGGCUUUCCAGAACCGCUGCGAGUGCCAGACUCACUCACCUGGACCCAAACCCCACAGAAUGGCCAAUGACUGGGAUCCUGAUGAGCAGCUUUCAGUCCGGGCCCCUGAGAGGAAGAUGGAGAAAGGCUUCACGCGGCCGCCUGAGGGAAUGAACAGCCUCGCGAUUGAGGAGCGGAGUCUCGGUGGUGCGGCAGGAUCGGACUUCAAGUCUGUGCUGGAAACUGUCAGUCAGAUUCAUGUCAGUGCUCGGCCUGAGUUACAAGGUCCACAGUGUGUUCCCCGGAGGAUCUACAGCAUCACCACACACGGCAGCAGGUCACGGUUAUUUGUGGCUGUGGAAGAGAGCUCUUGUUUAUGUCUCCAGUGUUGUGGUCCAGCUCGGGCCUGUACACUGAAGGGCUUCGACAGUGAGGGCUGCCAGCUCUUUUACUUUGAAAGGCCAUUCAGGGCAGACGCCUGUUGCCUCGGCUGCUGCCUGAUGGAGAUGAGGGUCUACACGCCUCAAAAACAUCUUAUUGGCACCGUCCGCCAGAGGUGGAGCAUGUUCACCCCUCUCCUGGAGGUGUGCAAUUCAGAGGGAGAGUCCACCAUCAGGAUCCAGGGCACCUGCUGCCCGAGUCGCUGUUUCUCUGACCAGCAGUUUCAGAUUGUCUCAAACAUUGGUGAGAAAAUUGGCACAAUAUGGAAGAGAUGGCCUGGCUUCAAUGAUGAAGGCAACAUGGACCAUGAAUAUUUUGGGUUGGAUGUGCCAAUGAGUUUGGAGUCGCACAUCAAACUGCUGCUGCUGGCAACCACCUUCCUGUUGAAUCACAUGUUCUUUGAGAUGAGCUGAUGGGUGAAUGAGGAACAAUCAUUAGAACUGAAGACUCCGCAAGUGGUCGUUUAACUAGAGGCUCAUCAGCAGUUUGAACACUUCAUGGCACAAGAGAGUGCAGCAUGAGAACCGAGGGUCCUGUGCUAAUAAACCACGAAGCAGAACCUUUUUUUUUUAAACUUCAAAUCAGUGUCAGGCUCUGUUUAUGAAAGAUAGUUGACAGUGAACCAGCUGUAGCAUCAGGUGCAUAUUUGACAUUUAUUGCUAUAAACCAUCAGGUGUACAUCCAACAUUUGUUUCUUCACUUUUGACACUCACGCACACACACACCUGCCCCCAUCCUCACGCUACCACACAUGGGCAGCAUUACAGUUUUUCAACAGACUACAGGCGCUCUCUGAAGAUGGU